AUGGCAGACCAGAAAUCAGAGUUUGCCAGUCUCGUAGAGCAUAUUUUGCCGCCAGUACCAGCUCAAGAGUCCAAUGGGCCAAGCGCAGAAUCCGGACUAGAUGCUAUUGAUCGGGCUCUGGAAGAGGACGAGCAAGAGUCAAGUGAAAGCGGAUCAGAGAACUCCAGUGACAGUAAAUCAGACGAGUCCAGUGACAGUGAUUCGGAUGCCGGUGAGUUUUUGGCCCCGCCUGACAGCCCCGACGAGAUACCAAGAACAAAAAACGAAGUGGACGAAGCAAUUCCUGUGUUACCGGAGGGCUUUGCAAUGACUGAAGAAACGAGAAUCGAGCCUAUCGGGGCGAUUCUGAGUGUGGGCGACAGAUCAGUCGUCAUUAGAGCCGAAACAUCCGGAGAAUACAGGAUUCUCGCCGAAGGUACGGUCUUUUGUCUUCUGGAUCGCACUGUCUUAGGUCCUUUGUUCGAAACGUUUGGUCCGGUAGAGCAUCCUUUUUAUGUGGUCAAGUUCGCAACCGAAGAGGAAACAGCUGGUUUGAAAGAACAAAUUGGGCAGCAGGUCUGCUACAUUGUACCCUCUUCUAACUAUAUCUUUACUGAAACACUCAAAUCAAAGGGUUCAGAUGCCAGUAACUUCCACGACGAAGAAGUCCCAUUAGAGGAGCAAGAAUUCAGUGACGACGAACAGGAAGCACUUGCAAAGCAAUCAAAAAAGAAACGAAAGAGAAAGCCUACCAGCCAGCCUCCAGCAAGGAACUCGCCACCUGCUCAGGAAAGUUCAGCAAAUACGUUUGUCUCGCACCCGUUCACCCCCCAAAGCUUUCCCGUUCAAAACCCGAUUGCUGCUCAACAAGCUGCUCAAUGGUACUACUACCAUGCUUUAGCCCAAGCGCAGGCGCAGGCCCAAGCACAAAAUCAGAACACAAGAGACCCAAGGGUCCCACGGGGCGGUCCUCCAGGUGCCGCGCCUCCUUAUUAA